AUUCAUUAAAUAAAACUCCGUCCUGAACGGUUUAGCUUUGAACAAGCUAUUGAUCUAUUGCGCUCCCACAGAAGGAAAAAAUAUCAGUUCUAGCAUUCUCCAACCUGGCAAAGCAUUCAAACUUCCGUAGAAGCCAGCUAUUAUUGAUCGAAGAAAGACCUAAAAAGAUUGCGAAUCCAAACGAAUUUUACUGUCAAUUUGUCUCACACAGCUUUUAAGUGAUCAGUUGUCUGAGACUUUAAUUUGAGAACUUGUAGUCACUAUAAGUAAUCAAACAUGGCUGAUACAGAACUGGGAAGAAAUGGUGAAGGAGAUUCCCUGACACAGCGUUCGGAAAUGGAAACAUCAUGUCAGAAAUUAACCGAGUUUCUCUUCAAGAACCUGCUCCUUAUUCUCAUGAUCUUGUCACUCGUUCUUGGAUGCUGUGUUGGUUUUGGGAUCAAGCUUGGAUCUGAUCGCGAUUUCACUUCGGACGAGAUCAAAUAUAUCAGCUUUCCAGGAACAAUCUUUCUCAAUAUGCUCAAGGUCAUGAUCAUCCCCCUGGUCGUUUCAAGUCUCAUCGCCGGUAUGGCGUCGAUCAACAGACAAGCCUCUGGCAAGCUGGGUCUCCGAGCUGUCCUAUACUACUUCACGACCACCUUCAUCGCAGUCGUCCUCGGGAUCAUCCUCGUGAUGACCAUCCGUCCAGGGGCUCGUCACAGCAAGGACGACAUCGGUACCACGGGAAAAGUCGAGAAGGUGAAUACGGUCGACGCUUUCCUCGAUCUCAUCAGAGUGAUGUUUCCACCGAACAUUAUCGAGGCUACCUUCAGGACUUACAAGACACGACAGGUUCCAGUGGACGUAGAACCGACAAUGAUGCCGAUGAUGCAGAGUACGGCCACGAUGAUGAACUCGAUGAUGAAUACCACGGACACAAUGGCGACGGACUCGAUGAUGAAUACGAUGAUGAACUCGACAACCAUGAAGACCCCGAUGAUCACCAACACAAUAUCGGUAGGAGGAUACGAAUUCAAGUCCAACAUCCUCGGCCUGGUCGUCUUCUCCUGCAUCUUCGGGGCCGUCCUCGGUCGCCUUGGUGAGAAAGGGGAACCCCUGAAGGAUGUCGUCGAAUCGCUCAUGGAGUGCGUCAUUGUCCUCAUCGGCUACGUCAUCUGGCUAUCCCCCAUCGGUGUGUUCUUUCUGAUCUUGGGUAAGAUCCUCGGCAUGGAUGACUGGGCUCUGGUCUUCCAACAGAUUGGGUUGUACUCAGCCACAGUCAUGCUGGGUCUCUUCAUCCACGGGUUCAUCAUCCUACCGCUCCUCUUCCUCAUCUUCACCCGGUCUAACCCUUUCGCCUUCCUGAAGGGCGUGGCCCCUGCCAUGGUAACGGCCUUUGCCACUGCAUCGAGCUCUGCCACUCUCCCCGUGACCAUCACAAGUCUUGAGAAUAAUAAUAAGAUUGAUAAACGAGUCACUCGUUUUAUACUCCCUAUUGGUGCGACCAUUAACAUGGAUGGAACAGCCCUUUACGAGGCAGUGGCAGCAAUCUUCAUUGCGCAGAUCAAUGACUACGACCUAAGCGUCGCCGACGUCAUCGUCGUCAGUAUCACAGCCACUCUUGCUAGCGUUGGAGCGGCCGGUGUCCCGCAGUCUGGCCUUGUGACUUUGGUGAUCGUCCUCAAUUCCUUAGGUCUGCCAGCCGAUGAUAUCACUCAUAUCAUUGUCAUUGAUUGGUUCUUGGACCGUUGUCGCACCACUGUUAACGUAGAGGGCGACUCAUUUGGUUGUGGCAUCAUCUACAAGUUCCUCAAACCUGACUUCGAUCGCAUCGACGAGGAAAACAUGACCAAGGCUAUGAUCAAUGGUUACGCCAACGAAAAGAAGAUCCCAAUCGACGUCCAGGAAGGGAUCAAUACCGGAGAAAAUACCCGCUUGUAAUUCGACUUCGCCGUUGACUUCAAAGUCCACUUCGAUAUUGGCACAAUGAGGCAAAAAUGAAAAAAAUAUAAUGGUUGAAUAAUUAAUCACGAACACUAUCUUAGAAAAGCGGAUAAUUUUUUUAGAUUAUAUAUCAUACGUUAAUUACAACAAAGUAUAUAUAUCUUUACAUCUAAUUUUACUUGUUUAGUGGUUACGUGUUGCAUUAAGGAGAUUUAUAUUGAUUCUGGUGAUUUUAUUUUAUUCAUUCAUUUAUCUAUGUUUAUGAUAGAGAAACAUUUUGGGAUAAAUAGUCGUUUUGUUUUAAUGUUCUCAUGUUCCCCGUCCCAUCAAUAAUGUGACCAUAUUCUAGGGUCUUUUUAAUUAUUUUUAAUUAUGUAAUAUUUAUAUUACAAUAACAUAAUCAACUUAUUGAUAAAUUAAUUUUCAAUGAAUUUUUUUCCAUCAUGAGGUACUUUAGUUGAUUUAUUCUCAUUUUAGUAACUCUUACAUCAUGUCCAAACUGCCUUGCUUACGUCAAUAAUGUGACCAUAUUCUAGGCUCUCCUGAAUUAUGUCAUAUAUUAAUGUAUAAAAUGUAUUUGUACUCUAACAGUUAUUUUACACGGUUCCUUUAUCAAUCUUCAUACAUCAGAGUGAUGCAAAACAAUGAUGUCAUGGAUGUGUGAUUUUAUCAAUAUAAAUCAUGCCUACUAUUUUUUUUUGCUUUACUCUAAUAUGUGUACUUUCAUUAUGUUUUUACAAAAACUGAAAUAAAAAAGUAAAAUAAAAAAGUACACUGCCACUCAAUCAUUUGCAUGCAUUAUUCGCGAUUCUGUAAUCAUUGCAACGUGAAUAUUCAAAUGCCAUGCACUGUUAUUUUACUGUGUGCUUUAUACUGUCAUCGGAUUUUAUUUCGGUAUGCUCACGAUUUUAAUUGGUGUAUUAUCAAUCAUAUGAGAAUAUAUAGUGGUAUUUUCGCGUACCCAUUAUAGUUUGAGAUAUUUUAAUGGGGUGCUGAGCUUCUGAUAAUCAUCUGGGGCCCAUAACACAAAGGUUAGCGAUUAAUCGCGAAUUUGAAAGAACAACAAUUCUGAUUGGUUCCUGUUCAGUCUACUGAGUAAAAUGCGCAUGCAACGAUGAUCUUGAUAGGCCAUUUCUUUGUGUUACGGAAGCUCUGGACAUUGUAUCAAUAAAUGACAUGCCUUUUUCUGGAAAAAAAGACAUUAUGAUCAUGGUUGAAAAUGAUUUUUUUGCUUUAAAGAAUGAUAUAAUAUUAUUUUAUACUCAGUAUGACAAAUAUUUAUUUUUUCCUAUUUCUGGACUGACAGACGCGAUCGCAUAACAAAGUAAGAUUUUUAAAUGUAUAUGAGUAAAUAGAUGAAUUGAUAUUCUAAUUUCAGUCUUUUCAUUGAAUAAUCAUUCCAGGUACAUGGAUGCAUAUAGAUAUUUCUAGUCUAUAUUCACUUUACAUCCACUUUAUAAGACGACAUAAUUAAUGUUCCCAUGUUCCUUCUAAUAUAUUUUCACAAGAAUUAUCAUAGUUUUUUUUUAACUGAUGCAACAAACAAAACUCCCCAUUUCAUGUCUUUAUAUGCUUUUAAUGAUUAUAUGCCAAUUUCUUCAAUCUUGAGUGCUUUGUUUCUUUUUCUUUUAUUUGAAUUAAAAUUCAAAUUAAUCAUUUUAAUCGCAUCCAUGUAAGAGGGUUCUGCUUUUAUAUACAGAAACAGUAUACUCUAUGACUAUGACCAAAAUAAUUAUGAAAAUAAAACAAAUAAUUUUAUACAAAUAUU